AUGGCGACGGCGGCCUCCAACCCUUACAGCGGCCUGCUGGCCUCGGGGGGCUCGGCCCUGGUCCACGCCGAAGCCGCCAUGCAGCCGGGGGGCCCCUUCCGAGGCCAGAAGCUGCUCCAGGCGGGCGACUACCUGCAAGGGGUGCCCAGCAGCAACGGGCAUCCUCUGGGGCACCACUGGGUCACCAGCCUGAGCGACGCGGGGCCUUGGGCCUCCACUUUGGCCGGGAGCCCCUUGGAGCCUCCGGACGUCAAGCCCGGCCGGGAGGACCUGCAGCUGGGCUCCCUUUUGCACCACAGAGCCCACGUCGGGGGGCACCCCUCCCCGCACCACCACGCCAGCCAUGCCAACCCCUGGGGAGGCAGCCCGGUGCCCAGCAACGGAGGGGGGCAAGCCGUCUAUGCCCAGGCCGGCUUCACCAUGCUGGAGCACGGAGGAGGCAUGACGCCGCCGCCUCCCUCCUCGGGCGGCCCCAGCUCGGGGUCGACGGGGCUGCACCAGGUGCUGCGGGAGCACAGCCCCGACGUGGAGCCCCUGCUGGGCCACCACUGCCAACAGCAGCAGCAGCAGCAGCAGCAGCAGGACCCUUCGGACGAGGAGACGCCGACGUCGGAUGAGCUGGAGCAGUUCGCCAAGCAGUUCAAGCAGCGGCGGAUCAAGCUGGGCUUCACCCAGGCCGACGUGGGGCUGGCGCUGGGCACCUUGUACGGCAACGUCUUCUCGCAGACCACCAUCUGCCGCUUCGAGGCCCUGCAGCUGAGCUUCAAGAACAUGUGCAAACUCAAGCCCUUGCUCAACAAGUGGCUGGAGGAGGCCGACUCCUCGACGGGGAGCCCGACGGGGCUGGACAAGAUCGCCGCCCAGGGACGCAAGCGCAAGAAGCGCACCUCCAUCGAGGUCUCGGUCAAAGGCGUCCUGGAGACCCACUUCCUCAAGUGCCCCAAGCCCCAGGCCCAGGAGAUCGCCUCCCUGGCCGACUCGCUCCAGCUGGAGAAGGAGGUGGUCCGCGUCUGGUUCUGCAACCGCCGCCAGAAGGAGAAGCGGAUGACGCCCCCCGGAGAAGGAGGGCCCCCCCGCCCCCCAGGAGCCCUCGGCAGGGGCCCACCAGGAUACCCUCCCACCCGCUCAAGGCCACGGACCGCGACGGACACGACCUUUGACCCCGGAGCCAGGGACCCCCCAAAUGGGGACUAG